GGUGCAAUUUGAUAGAGAGAGAUGUUGGGCAAUGGCCUAACACGCAACUAGAACACUGCCACCCUUCCUUCUCUGUCGUGUACAACUAACAAAAAGGACAUGCCAUCCAAACCCUAACCCAAUCUAACUCCUCAUUUCUUACUUCUCUUCCUCUCUUCCCAUCCCCUAGUUUUAGUAGGAGCAGUGAUGGAAUCGACGGCAACAUCCACUGGAUCAGGUGACAUGAAGGCAUGCCCUCGUGGGCACUGGAAACCAAGCGAAGAUGCGAAGCUGCUGCAGCUUGUAGAGCAGUUUGGGCCUCACAACUGGAACUCGAUAGCUGAGAAGCUGCAAGGUAGAUCAGGUAAGAGCUGCAGACUGAGGUGGUUCAACCAACUUGACCCGAGGAUUAACAAAAGCCCAUUCACAGCGGAAGAGGAAGAAAUGCUGCUUGCAGCUCAACAAGUUCAUGGAAACAAGUGGGCACUGAUCGCACAGCUCUUCCCUGGAAGAACAGACAACUCAGUGAAGAACCACUGGCAUGUCAUCAUGGCUCGCCGGCACAGAGAAAGAUUAAAGCUCAUGAGGAAGAGAACCGAUCAGGAUUUUACUUCGCAGCUACCUUUUGAGGUUGGAGAUGGCACGAACGGUACAACUACUCCUGCAUCAGCCUUCUUCGGAUCAAGGAUCCAUUUGGUACCACAAGGAUUUGGUUCAGAGAGAAGAAACUACUCCAGCUUUAGAUGUAGUUGCUGUACUCUUGAGACUUCACAGCUCCAUGAUCAAUCGAUUCGCCAUCGUCACCAAACUUACAGGAGUCUCAGAGCAUGCGAGGAUGGUCACAACAAGAGGGCUGCUGCUCCUAACUCCGAAUUCUCCUCCGAGUAUGAUAGUUGUGUAGGCCAUGCAAUCAGACGUGGGGAUGAUAAUGAGCAGCAUGAGAGGGGCAAGAACGUUCCCUUCAUAGACUUUUUGGGAGUUGGAAUAACACCUUGAAUCCAAAACCUCAAUUAGCUGUAAAAUAUGAUAGGAGAGAAGAUGUGAUAUAUACGUGAUAGUUUCUCAGGUGCAUUUGUUCUCAUCAAUGUAGCUUCCUUCUUUUACCCAUGGCACAUCAGUGUAUGAUAUGCAUGAAGAAGUGCAGGAUAAAUUAUGGAGUUAGAUAAUUCAGUAUUUGGUGAAAAUUCUUUAUAGUACAAGGAGAAACAUUAUAUAAUGUUGA